GACGCCUCUCCAUUACCGCAAUACAUAAAAUACCCCAGUUCCCUGUGCGUGGACCCUUGAUCCGCCCUCUCGUACGAGCAACUCUCCCCCCCACGCCGCGCUUUUUCAGUAAAUAAACAAAACAUGCACACCUCUCUCCGUCUUUUAUCACAAAACAUCAAACAAGCCCGCAUAAUGGCCAACCCCGUGUACAUCGUCUCCGCCUCCCGAACCCCCGUCGGCGCAAAGGACGGCGCCCUCGCCACCGUCUCCGCCCCGCAACUCGGUGUCGUCGCCGUCAAGCACGCCGUCGAGAGGGCCGGUAUCAAGCCAGAGCGCGUCGAGGAGCUUUACAUGGGCAACGUCGUCCAGGCUGGUGUUGGGCAGUCGCCCGCCAGGCAGGUCGGUAUCGGUGCAGGUAUCCCCGAGACUGCAGAUGCCACCACCAUCAACAAGGUCUGUGCCAGUGGUAUGAAGGCCAUUAUGCUUGCCGCCCAAAACAUCCAGCUUGGCCAGAGGGGUGUCAUGGUCGCCGGUGGUAUGGAGAGCAUGUCCCAGGCUCCCUUCCUUGUCCCCCGUCAGACACCCGCGUUCGGCCACUUUGAGACCAAGGACUCUCUCGUCGUCGACGGUCUCUUUGACGUGUACAACAAGUUCCCCAUGGGCAACUGUGCCGAACACACCGCCGCCAAGCUCAAGAUCACCCGUGAAGACCAGGACGACUUUUGUCUCUCGUCCUACACCCGCGCCCAAGAAGCGUGGGCCGCCGACGCGUUUGCCGAUGAGAUUGCGCCCGUCACCGUCAAGGGCCGAAAGGGAGAUGUCGUGGUCAAGGAGGACGAGGAGUACAAGAAGCUUUUGAAGGACAAGUUUAGGACCAUCCGACCGGUCUUUGUCAAGGAGAACGGGACCGUUACCGCUGCCAACGCGUCCACCCUCAACGACGGUGCUUCCGCCGUCGUCUUGGCUUCUGGCGAGGUUGUGGAGAAGGAAGGCUUGAAGCCUCUUGCCAAGAUUCUCGGCUUCGCCGACGCCGCUUGUGCUCCCAUCGACUUCCCCACCGCCCCUACCCUCGCCGUACCCCUUGCUCUCAAGAAUGCCGGUGUGACCAAGGACGAGAUCGCCCUCUGGGAAUUCAACGAGGCCUUUUCCGUGGUGGGCGUCGCGGCUGAAAGGGUGCUCGGUUUGGACAGGUCCAAGGUCAACGUCAAGGGCGGUGCCGUCGCCCUCGGUCACCCUAUCGGUUCCUCUGGUUCCCGAAUUGUCGUCACCCUGGUGCACGCUUUGAAGAAGGGUGAGAAGGGCGUCGCUGCCAUCUGCAACGGCGGUGGUGCCGCGUCUGCGAUCGUCGUGGAGAGGCUGUAGGGAAAUGUGUGGGGUGAGAGGGGGAGUGCAUGAUGGUUUGUAUUUAGGGUAACUCUUUUUUCUCUUUUCUUUGGCAUGCAUGCAUAGGACGAUGAGCGCCUGGAUAGGUUUACGAUUCCCGAAAAGGUCAAAACUGCCGUCUAUAACAAGCAAGUGAAUCUGGGAAAUGUUCAAACGCAUUCACUCCUCUUUCUCCUCCGAAACGCACAAAACCCAUCCCCUACCGUCGUCCCAGCCAAACGGGGAAAUACGUUCGACCACCCCUCUUGUUCAACGCCGUUGACGAUAAUGAUUCGACACAGAAAAGCCUGGUCGACACAGAAAAAGUCUGGCAAACCUUGUAGCUGAAACGUGGGGAAUCAAAUUCGGGUUCAUGAACGCUGCUCUUUGUCAAGCUUGGUGCAGCAGUUUGCAAAGGCAGAUUUUGCAGAGCAAUACGCACAAGCAUUCUGAUUUGUCGAUGAGCCGGGAUCGCAAUCUCAAACGCACCUAUCUCUCAGGCGUUUUUGCUUCAUAAACAAUGAAUGGAUAUGGGAGGACGAGAAAGAAUAGGCCCGAAAGAAGGCGCGAGUGAAGAGUGCUGCAUCAUGAACACUCGUAUCUUCAGUGGACGGCAAGGCUGGUGGUGUUUUUGUACCUCAGUGCGCCAUUGACGUACGUGACUCCCAGGCUUUCCUGAUCUGGACCUUUGCCAGUGGAAAAAAGUAUCGUCGAGGUAGAUUUGGCCCAGACGAGGUCCAAGAUUGUGCCAUUCACAAUGGAGUAA